UCGAACGAAAUUGAACUCUCUCGAAGAAAUCUCACUCCAGUCUUCUCUCCCGCUCGUCUGUCGUCUCUCGCUCGUCUGCUCAAGUUCUCAACCCUAGGCGUGGCGAUUGCUAUUGCGAUUGCAAAUCCGUCCGUCUCUAUAGCGAAACCUAAGUUUCAUGCUUGCUUAUGCUUGUCAUCUAAAGGCAGCUGGAAGGAAAUUACUUCAGGUUGUCUAUAAUUGUGCAUUUGGAAAAGGAAAAAAAAGGAAUAUGCUCCUACUUCUUUGAUACCAAGGCUUCCUAUAAGAGGUACUCUAUCAACAAUCCUGCAGAGAUUCUUGGAUACUAUUCUACCUGAGUUGCUGCUUUUUUAGUUGGUAAGGCCAUCCAUUUACCAGAUCAAGGUGAAAGGAAUCAAAUUUUUCCCCCAAAUUCAAGAUUCAAGAUGUGAAGAGUUAUGAUAUUGUUUAUGCAAGAGAUAGUUCUGUUGGAUUUGGGGACGAAGAUUUAGUUGGUUUCUUUCCGUUGAAAGAUGUAUGGGAGAAAGGCAUUCCAGCUGGUGAAAGAACUUGCAAGUGGCGAAAAGGGGCAGCUCACACCUUACAAUAGUGACUUGUUUGAUCAAGUGACUGCAGAAUGUAGUCAACAUCACCUUGAGCUUCAGUCUUUGAUAAGAAAGAUCCAAGAAGAAGGACUGGAUGUCCAAACAACUAGAAAUUCAGAACACUAUGGAUCACUCAUCCACCACCUUGCUUUAGUUCGCAAUAAGCGCUGUUUAAUGGCAUAUGUGCACAACAGAGCAGAAAUUAUAAGAAGUUUGAUAUGGAAGGUAGGGCCCGUGCUUCCUCAAGAAAUUCAAGAGAGGCUUAGUCACACAGAGGAAGAGUAUUUUAAGAGGCAUUCUGCAGCUUUGCAAUCAUGUAUGUCAAGACUUGACCUUGAUUUGACGGUGGAUAUGGUGCCACCCAAAGAUCCUUACAUCCAGGUGAGAGUCCUCGAUGAUAUCGGUGUGGUGCUCAGUGAUGAUAAGACAACCAAUUUUGCUCGCCACUCUAUGCACUUCCUUAAACGAACUGACGCUGAGCAAUUCAUUUCACGGGGUUUAAUGGAGGAACUCACAGGCUGACUUCGCAACCUUAUUUAUUAUGUAGUCUUUUAUUUCGCAAAAACUGUAGAGAAGAGACUUCAUGUUGCAAAUUUUCUUGAGCCUUUUUUUUUAUACGAGGGUGCUGUUUAAAAUCACGUCGCUGGUUUUUGGGCCCCCUGCUUUCUCGAUAAUUGGUACGAGGCCCUGCACUGCUUCGAAUAGCUGCUUAUAACUGCCUCCGAGUACCUUGUGGAUCAGAUCUUUAAACGUUUGUGGCCUCGGUGAAAUUGGUUUGUAUUGAAAUAUUA